AUGAAUCAACAGCCUCCUGAAUCUCAUCGAGACGACUUCUCGUGGACGGAGGCUGUGCUUGAUAACUCACCGGCAAGUCCCGAUUUAAAUAUCCUGGAAAGAUCAGAGGCUCAUUGUUUAAGCAGAGUACUGGAGGCGGCCGAAUAUGAGCAUCGCACGCCCCUUGAGCUCGACGCAACAGAUGACUCAGUCUUUCUUCCAGACCUAGACGACUAUGGAGAUCCCUCAGCCACAGCGAGCACCCCAGGUUGCUCGCUAUUAGGAUCAGAUAGCGUAUUUCCCGCUAUGCUCGACAGCAGUUCCUGUACACCAGCCACUUCCUGCACGAGCGCCGAGGAAGCCACAUUCUUGCCUUGGUUGGUCCCCGAAGGGAAUCAUCUCAACUCAUUGCUGUAUCCAGAGAUGGUUUUGGACCCCUCCUUUACCGCUAUCCAGGGCGAAAACCACCACAUCUCUCCGGAGCAGAGCCACUACACGACCGAAGGAUCUCACGUGGGUGACCUUAUCAACGACAACUGGGCGUCUUCACCCUUCAUUCCGUCAUCAGAUAGCUUCGCCCUUGAUGCUCUCCUAUCGGACAGGCAGGAAUGGGACACGAUUCUGCAACCUACGGCGUAUCCCUUGACCAUGCGAAGAGGCUUUGACAACUAUCGUACUGUUCGGCUCAUCCUUACAUUUGCUGUUUGA